AUGCUGGAUGGCCAAUCCCAGGUGGUCCUAGAGGCGUCCCGCCCGGGGCACCUCUUGCAUUCCCUUGGAUCGGCACUUGAUUCCCGGCGACAGCCUUUCUGCACUGAUAGCGAGGGCUGGGGCCCCAUCAGCUCAUUGAGAUUUGAUCUGACGCCAUGCUUUCUUGAUGUGACUGUGGCAAUAGUAGCUGUGUGGGGUGCGCUGAGCGGACUGGCGGCCUUGUGGUUGUUACUGAGGAAGCGGAUUCCGCAGCCCGUAUCGAAGAAUUGGCAUUUCUACGCCAAGUUGGUCGUUCUAGCCGCUCUCAUCGUUGUCACCGCUCUUCAAGCUGCGAUCCAAGCCGAAUCAGACCCCAAGCGCUUUUGGACCGAUUUUCGCUUCUGGUCCUCGGUCCUAACGAUCGUUUCGUUAGGAGUGAUAACUUCAGUACAGUACUUUGAACACUGGCGGAGUAGACAGCCCAAUGGGGUUGUCCUAUUUUACUGGCUCUUCUUCAUUAUCGCGUAUGCGGUCAAACUCCGGUCCCUGAUUGCGCGGAAGCAACACAUCGACCAACUCCCUUACUUUGUCUGCUUCAAUGUCAGCUUGGGACUAGCAAUCCUUGAAUUUGUGCUAGAAUAUUUCGUACCCAAGAAGCAAAGCGCUUACGAUGCGCUGGGAGACGAGGAUGAGUGUCCGUACAAUUAUGCCGAUGUUUUCUCGGUUCUCACCUUCGGCUGGAUGACCCCGAUGAUGAAAUAUGGAUACAAAAACUACUUGACCCAAGAUGACCUCUGGAAUCUCCGCCGUCGUGAUACCACCCGAGCCACAGGCAAUGCCCUGAAGGAGGCAUGGGAUGAACAGCUUGAGAAAAAGAACCCAUCUCUGUGGAUAGCGCUCUUCAAGGCUUUUGGUGCCCCCUAUGUGCGUGGUGCGAUAAUCAAAUCCGGAAGCGAUAUACUUGCCUUUGUGCAACCGCAACUCCUACGACUUCUCAUUGCUUUCAUUGACUCGUAUCGGGGCCCGGACCCGGACCCGAUCAUCAGGGGUGUCGCCAUCGCCUUGGCCAUGUUUGCUGUUUCUGUCGUCCAGACCAGUUUCCUCCAUCAAUAUUUCCAACGUGCUUUCGACACUGGUAUGAGAGUCAAAUCAGCCCUGACUGCUAUGAUUUAUGCCAAGUCGUUGAAACUAUCAAACGAAGGACGCUCGGCAAAGACGACCGGUGAUAUUGUGAACCACAUGGCAGUUGAUCAGCAGCGCCUUGCAGAUCUGACCCAGUUCGGCACUCAGCUUAUCUCUGCACCUUUCCAAAUCACCCUGUGCAUGAUCUCCCUUUACCAGCUUGUUGGAGUGAGCAUGUUUGCUGGUAUCGGAGUUAUGAUUCUUAUGAUUCCUCUGAAUGGUAUCAUUGCUCGGAUGAUGAAGAGGUUGCAGAUCAUCCAAAUGAAGAACAAGGACUCAAGGACCCGAUUAAUGACUGAGAUUCUGAACAAUAUCAAGAGUAUCAAGCUCUAUGCCUGGAACACAGCCUUCAUGAACAAGCUUAGCCAUAUCAGAAAUGAUCUUGAGCUGAACACGCUCCGCAAAAUUGGAGCCACUCAAUCUGUUGCCAAUUUUACCUGGCAGUCUACCCCUUUCCUCGUGUCCUGCUCCACAUUCACCGUUUUUGUGUUGACGAAUGAUAAACCUUUGACUACUGAGAUUGUGUUCCCUGCAUUGACGUUGUUCAACUUGCUCACAUUCCCGCUUUCUAUCUUGCCUAUGGUCAUUACGUCCAUUAUCGAAUCUUCCGUGGCCGUGAAGCGAUUGAUAAAAUAUUUCACUGCAGAGGAGCUGCAGACUAAUGCCGUUGUCCUCCAAGAUCCCGUGGCGCAUCCUGGUGACGAGUCAGUCCGAGUUCGCGAUGCCUCGUUUACUUGGAACCGUUAUACUGGGGAGACUGUGCUGGAAAACAUCGAUCUCAGUGCACGCAAGGGAGAGCUCAGCUGUAUUGUUGGCCGAGUUGGCGCUGGAAAAUCUUCUCUGCUCCAGUCAUUGCUGGGUGACCUGUGGAAGAACCAGGGAGAGGUGAUUGUACGUGGUCGGAUCGCGUACGUUGCCCAAACGCCGUGGGUCAUGAAUGCCAGUGUCCGAGAAAAUAUUGUCUUUGGACACCGAUGGGACCCCUCAUUCUAUGACCUCGCCGUUGAAGCCUGUGCUUUGCUCGAUGACUUUAAGAACUUGCCUGAUGGUGACCAGACCGAAGUUGGAGAACGUGGCAUUUCCCUUUCAGGGGGACAGAAGGCACGUUUGACACUCGCCAGAGCUGUCUACGCUCGUGCUGAUAUCUAUCUUCUGGACGAUAUUCUCUCAGCGGUUGAUCAGCAUGUUGGACGUCACAUCAUCAACCGAGUGCUUGGCAAAUCUGGCCUCCUCGGUGGCAAGACCAGAAUUCUUGCAACGAACGCAAUUACUGUACUCAAAGAGGCUGACUUCAUCGGCCUGUUGCGGGACAAGACCAUCAUCGAAAAAGGAACUUAUGAACAACUGAUGGCCAUGAAGGGGGAGAUUUGCAAUCUCGUUCGCUCUACGAUGGUUGACUCGGACGAUGAAGGCACUGCUAAUGGCUCUGAAGACCUUGCCAGCCCCGAUAGCUCAGUCACAACCACCAUAAUCCAGAACGGUGGUGCGUCGGACAGCGAGGACGUUGAACAAAUUGGUGACCUUAUUCCCAUCAGGGGAGGAGGAGGUGGUGGUGGCGGCGAGGCCCGCAGACGGACCAGUACCGUCACCUUGCGCCGUGCAAGCACUGUGAGCUGGCAAGGUCCCCGGCGCAAGUUGGGAGACGAGGAGAACGUUCUCAAGAGCAAGCAGACCCAAGAGACUUCAGAGCAAGGCAAAGUGAAAUGGGGUGUUUACGGUCAAUACGCAAAGGAUAGCAAUGUCAUGGCAGUCGUGGUUUAUUUGAUUGCCAUGAUGGCUGCUCAGACUGCUCAAGUCGUGGGUAACUUUUGGUUGAAGCGCUGGACUGAGUGGAACGAAGCCCAUGGAACCAAUGAUAAGGUUGGAAAGUUCAUUGGUGUCUACCUGGCGCUUGGCCUGGGAUCAUCUCUCUUGGUUAUUGUGCAGAACUUGAUCCUGUGGAUUUUCUGCUCUAUCGAAGCAUCUCGAAAACUUCAUGAGCGGAUGGCAUUUGCUAUCUUCCGCUCCCCCAUGAGCUUCUUUGAAACCACACCAUCUGGCCGCAUCCUGAACCGUUUCUCUAGUGACAUUUACAGAGUUGAUGAGGUACUUGCUCGCACUUUCAACAUGUUGUUCGCAAACUCUGCCCGUGCGAUAUUUACCAUGAUUGUCAUUUCGGCAUCCACCCCGGCCUUCAUGAUAUUCAUCAUUCCUUUGGGUUAUAUCUACCUUAGCUACCAGAAGUACUAUCUGAGCACCUCCCGCGAGUUGAAGCGUUUGGACAGUGUCACCCGAAGCCCAAUCUAUGCUCACUUCCAGGAAUCCUUGGGCGGAAUCUCGACCAUCCGUGCCUACCGACAGGAGAAUCGGUUCGCCCUUGAGAACGAAUGGCGCAUGGAUGCUAAUCUCCGGGCUUACUUCCCGUCCAUCAGUGCCAACCGCUGGCUCGCCGUUCGACUUGAGUUCAUUGGUUCAAUCAUCAUUCUUGCAUCCGCUGGACUGGCCAUUAUGUCCGUUGCGACUGGCACCAAGCUUUCGCCAGGCAUGGUCGGUUUGGCCAUGUCAUAUGCCCUCCAGAUCACACAGUCUCUGAACUGGAUUGUCCGCCAGACUGUCGAGGUUGAGACUAACAUCGUGUCCGUUGAGCGAGUUCUCGAGUACGCCAACCUCCCGAGCGAGGCACCCGAGGUGAUCUUCAAGCGUCGCCCUGCCAUCGGCUGGCCGGCUCAAGGUGCGGUGGAGUUCAAUAACUACAGCACCCGCUAUCGCCCUGGACUUGACCUCGUGCUCAAGGAUGUUAAUCUCAACAUCAAGCCCAAGGAGAAGAUCGGUGUUGUUGGCCGAACCGGCGCCGGAAAGAGUUCGCUGACGCUGGCUCUCUUCCGCAUUAUUGAGGGCAUUGAAGGAAACAUCAAUAUUGAUGGGCUUGACGUGUCUACAAUUGGGUUGACUGAUCUUCGUGGACGUCUCGCUAUCAUCCCUCAAGAUCCCGCCAUGUUUGAAGGCACUUUGCGUGACAACUUAGAUCCUCGUCAUGUCCACGAUGACACCGAGCUUUGGAGCGUUAUCGAUCACGCGAGAUUGAAGGACCAUGUCUCAAGGAUGGACGGACAACUGGAUGCUCAGAUCCAGGAAGGAGGCUCCAACCUGAGUCAAGGCCAGCGCCAGCUGGUAUCUCUCGCGCGCGCUCUUUUGACUCCUAGUAAUAUCCUUGUUCUGGACGAGGCAACCGCCGCAGUUGACGUGGAGACGGAUGCGCUGCUACAACGCACCCUACGCAGCAGCAUCUUCUCUGACCGGACUAUCAUCACGAUUGCGCACCGCAUCAACACGAUCAUUGACUCGGAUCGGAUCGUAGUUCUGGACAAGGGGCGAGUGGCGGAAUUCGACACCCCUGCAGAGCUGAUCAAGAGUGGUGGCCAAUUCUAUGAGCUUGCCAAGGAGGCCGGCCUGCUCGACUGCGAUGGUGGUAUUGCCUCCUCGCAAAUGGCGUAA